AGAGAAACCCUGUCUCAAAACAGAAAAAACAAAAACAAAAACAAAAAAACAAACAAAAAAAAAAGAAUUAGGAAGGCGAUGGGCAGUGGUGGUGCACACCUUUGAUCCCAGCACUCAGGAGGCAGAGCCAGGUGGAUCUCUGUGAGUUCAAGGCCAGCCUUGGCUACAGAGUGAGUUCCAGGAAAGGCACAAAGCUACACAGAGAAACCCUGUCUUGAAAAACUAAAAAAAAAAAAAAAAAAAAAAGAGGAAGGCAGUGUGGGAAGCUAGAUCUAAGUAAGCUCUGAGCUGUUGUGGAUAGAGCCCCAAUUCUGAGGACAAAGGGUUCACAGGGGAAAGUAACGCCUUGGUGGCUAUAGUUGAGGGGUGGGCAGGACAGGAUGGAGAACUAAACUUAAUCUUCAUCCUUUCAGUCUGCAGAUCCUCUUCUGCUGCUGGCUUCUGCCCCAGCCCCAGUUCUGGAGAGUUUGAGGUCCCUGUUUGACAAUGUACCAAGGAUGGGGAUGUUGCUCAGUACAUUGCUUGCCUAGCAUGCACAAAGCCCUGUGUUCUAUCCCCAGCACCAGAUAAACCAGGAGUGCUGAUGCAGGCAUGCAUUUCCAGAACUGGGCAGGAGUGGAGAGUAGAGUCUGGAGGAUCAGAAAUACAGGGUCAUCCCAGCUACAUAUGGAAUACAUAACACACACACAAGAGAGAAAAUGUGGUGCCUUGCUUCUGUUCCAGUCCAGAGCCAGAAAGGCCAUGUCUCUUGGGUACAGAAUUCUGUCCGGUUCUUUGUUCAGCCAUCACUGGGAGGAUAUUCUUACCUCUCUGUCUAGCUCAGGCAUCUUCUACUGCAGUUGGAGCACCCAUAGAGCACCACAGUCUUUCACCAGUGCUCCUUACUGGCUCCUACUGCUCUCUGGAAAAUACUCCUGUUCUUAGGGUGGAGAUAUGUUUGUUAUACUAGGUACAAGGAAGAUCCGAGUUCAGAUUCCUAGCACCCAUUUUAAAACUGGGCAUGGUGGCAUGUGUCUGUAACCCAGCACUAGGGGGCAGAGACAGCUAGGUCCUGGGGCCUUAGUGGCCAGCCAGUCUAGCUGAAACAGUUAACAGUGAGUUCCAUUGAAAGAUUGUCUCAAAAGAAAGUGAAGUGACUGAGGAAGGCAUCCUGUGUUAACCUGUCUGGACUCCACAUGUGUGGGCUUGAUUAUGUGUAACCUCCCUACACACACACACAAUACACAUGAACACAGAUUCUAGUUCUAGUAGCCCAUGGGGCUUCUCAAACUUCCCCAUUUUCUAUGGCCGUACUCUUCAUACCUGCUGCUUCUGGGAAACAAUCUGGAGACGAAAAACCCACCCCACUUUGACCCACUCAGCACUCCCUUGUAUCCUAACUCUAAAUCAGAAUUAUCCUUUAUCACCUCUUUGUCCUGGUAUCUGUAGCCAUGAUACCACUCACCUGCUGAGCUGGGUUCCUCUAGGCCCUACAUCCCUGUCACAGCCCUCCUGUCUUCUCUUCACCAAACUUAACAGUUUGUAGGAUCUAGAGAAUGAAGUGCAACAGCCAUACUUUUGAUUUUGAAUGAGUGAGUUUAUUAAGUCAAAGUAAAAGAAUAAAUAGCAAGUGAUUAGUGGGAAGUGGAAGGGGUGUAAGAGACAGGGACCUGGGACCUCCUGACUAGCCAGGUUAGCCAAAAGAGUGAGCUUCAGGUUCUGUGAGAGACUUUGUCUCAAAAACUAACUUGGAGAAUAGAGGAAGACACCAGUGGCAACCUUUAGCCUCUGCAAACACACACACAUACACACAGAAGGGAAGGUCAGGCCUUCUCUGAGGGGCCUUCCAACUUGGAGGACAGAGAGGGCAGAACCUUGUGAGCCUAUCUGAAAUGGAGGGAUUCAGAAGCACCUCUGGGAAGGAAGCAAUUCUUGCCUAGAGUCAGACAUGCCUUUGUUGAAGCUCCAAUCAGUGAGUGAGUGAGUUGAGGCAACAGCUCUAGAUGACCACAGGGAUAGAUAAGGGUUAGCAGAGCAUACUUGGAUGACGACUGGCUGGGGACCAGGCUGGGGCAGCAGGUGCAUGACCCACUUAGUCACCCCACAGGAAGCCUCUGUUCUCAUCCCAGGUGCUGACCUGGGGUGAGGGGAUAUCAUUCCCUAGAGGGCCUUCUCACACUUUACGGAGACUAGGAGAUUUGGAAAAUGUCUGCUCAGUGAUUCCCAUCCUAGGAACUGAGUAUUGGGGAUCAGAUACCAGGAAACUACAGAACUUCCACUGCAUCCAAUUCACUGCCCAAACCACCUGCCUAUCCCUGAUUUACACAUGCCCAACCUUUGCUCUUCUGGAAAGCUUGCUGAACUGCCCUCACCCCACCACCUGCUCCUUCUGAACUCCCAUAAUCCCCAACCUCAAGCUGGGAUCCUACAGAGUAUUCUGCCCUCAACUCCUAGAUAGCCUCCCCCGCCCCAAAAGAAUCUUCUUAGUGCCUCAGCUUUCCAGCAAGAAGCACUGUAAAAUGUCAGCGUGGGAGAAGAGCACAUGCCUGCACAGCUGCUCAGAGAUUGAGGUUGACUGAGUAACUCCUGGAGACUUACUUGUCUGCAGGGCAAGGUGAUGGGCCACCACUAGGCAAUUAUCCACCAGCAGUUUUGUCACCUGAGAGAUAUUAAAUUGCUUAUCAUUACCCUGGCUAAAAGAAGUGGAGAGUGGCCAUGGUCCUGGAUCCCAGCUCUCACAUCUCAGCAACCUGGACCACACUGCUUCAGGCACACUGUGUUCAUUUCUUUGGCCCUCAAUCAUUUCAGGCCUCUGACCCCAUAGUUCAGUGAGAGCCACCUGGUCAUGGUCAUGCGGGCCACAUGCAGAGUGUAAGACCCCUGGUGCUGGGAGCUUACAGACCGCCCUGCAUGUGCCCCUGCUUAGUCUACCAGGCUCCACAGAGUAGUUAGCCUGGGGGAUCCCCAGCUGUCAUUUAGACCUUUAGCUUGAGUUCCUACAGUGUGCUUCUCGGCCAAUAUGUUUGUGUUAUGUGCAUGUAUGUGUGUGCGUGUGUGUGUGUGUGUGUGUGUGUGUGUGUGUGUGUGUGUGUGUAUAACACAGAGGACAGCUGUGAAGCUGGUUCUUCCCCUCCACCUUACAUGGGUUCCAGGAAUCGAACUUGGGUCAUCCAGCUUAUAUAGCAAGUGUCUUUACCACCACACCUGCCAGCCAUCUCACUGGCCCAUUGUUUUCUGUUGUGAGACUGGGUCUUCAAUCAAUUACCAAACCUGAAUUGAACUUGUGAUCCACCUGCCUUACCCUUCACAGUAGCUGGGAUUAUAGGUGUGGCUUCUUUUAUAUCCCUACCUCUGACUCCACUCACCAAGAUUCUGGAAACUCAAAAACACAGACUUGGUUAUACCUGUCCACCUGGGACUCCUGUAAAAGCAGAUCAACAUCUGGGAACUAUGACCCAAUAUGAAAUACACAGGCAUCAUAAUCUUGAUGCUGUGUACUAAAAUAAAGGAGGCAGGUUUUCCUGUCUGAGCUUUCUGUUUAAAUAAGCUUAUGAAACCUCACCUGGUUCAUUCCCAAGAAUUACACAUGUUCUUGCUACUCCAUCAGUCUCAUACCACCCAAUAGCCGACUUGUCACCUAAACCAAAACAUGUAUUUUUUUUUAAAGAUUUAUUUAUUUAUUAUGUAUACAGUAUUCUGCCUGCAUGUAUUCCUGCAGGCCAGAAGAGGGCACCAGAUCUCAUUACCAAUGGUUGUGAGCCACCAUGUGGUUGCUGGGAAUUGAACUCAGAACCUCUGGAAGAACAGUCAGUGCUCUUAACCUCUGAGCCAUCUCUCCAACCCCAAAACAUGUAUUUUUUAAGACUGGGUUUCACUGUGUGUCUCAUGUAAACCAGGAUAGCAUCAAAUGAUGGGACUUUCUGAUCCUCCUGUCUUUACCUCCCAAGCAGUGGUUUUUGUUUGUUUUGUUUUUCGAGACAGGAUCUCUCUAUGUGGCUCUGGCUGCCCUGGAACUCACUCUGUAGACCAGGCUGGCCUCAAACUCAUAGAGAUCUACCUGCCUCUACAUCUCAAGUGCUAGGAUUAAAGGCAUGUACCAUCCAAGUGCUGUUUUAUGUGGUUCUGGAACUCAAACCCAAGGUUUUGUGUGUGCUUUACAAGUACUCUACCAACAGAGCUAAAACCUCAGAUUUAUUUUAUGCUAUUUUGCUUCAACAGGGUCUCAACUUUUUCUGUUGUUUUUUGAGACAGAGUCUCACUAUGUAGUCUUGACUGGCCUUGAACUUACAGAGAUCUGUCUGCCUCCCCCCCUACACACACACAAGUGUUGGGAUAAAGGUCAUUAUGCCCUGCUGACAAGGUCUCAACUUUGUAGUUGGCAUGGAUGGCCAUGCACUUAAGAUCCUCUUGCCCUCAGUCUCCAAAGUACUGGGAUUACAGAUGCAUGCCACCACACCUGGCUAGAACAUGCACUUUUGGAGGUAAGUUUUUUUAAUUUUCUGAAUCAAGGUCUCACUAUGUAGCUUUGGCUGGCCUGGAAAUUAGUAAUUAGUAAAAAUCACUGGGUAAUUAGGCUAGCCUUGGAUUUGUACUGAACCCCUACCUCUGCUGGGAUUACAAGUAUACACCACUACUCCAGGGGCUUAGAAGAUGUGUUUUGUAUAUCAGGGUGACUCCAAGGAUAUCACAUUUAUACUCACCUAUGCACUUGAGCCACCCUGCCAGGGUCCAAAUAAUUUUCCUGCUUAGACCACACCCCAGACUAGUGAAGUCAGAAUCUCUGGGAGAUCCUUCUGUUAACAGCUCUAGAGAUUCUAUUCUGUUUCUAAACUGAUAAUCAUCUCUCUAUCAUCUGCUGAGUGAUUUGUUCCUUGACUGAAUCCCCUCCUUUACCUGUGUCUACCUUGGCCCCUCUUUGGGCUCUCAAGGGCUGUUUCCAUUUUCUUGCAACCCAGUCUUAUGGUUUCUCCUCUCUACUUCCUUUAACCACUGGGAACUUGAGGUGUCCUUAAAACCCCCUGCCUCACCAGGGGCAAUAAUAUUCCCUCACUCAGUCAGUGACAAGUCUUUAACACUACCCACCCCCAAAUCUGCUAUCCCACUUGAGCCUUAUGCUUUGGGUGCUCAGCCCUGGCCAGUGGGGCAUUUGUUACCUUAACAGGGAAGUCCUGUUGAGAGUACACGUGUUGAAACAAGGAAGGUAGAUGAAGCAACACAGGAGGACAAAUAUGUCCUCACCAUUGCACCAGUCAUAUCCUAGCUCUAACUCUUUACAGAGACUUCUUAAGCCCCAGAGCAAACCAUAACAUCCCCACUCAGGUACUCUGUCCCUGUGGCUGUCCUGAGUUUGGGCUUGGCCUUGUUCUUUGGAGACAAAGCCUGUCAAGACUCCAAAGUGUUCAGAGUAAAGGGGACAGUAGGGAAUCAAGAGGCUAGUGACAGCUAGUAACUGUGUGCAUUAGAGAUGUGCUUAGGUCUGUUUACCUGAGCUUGGGGACAAUAGUAGGCAGGCAGGAACUCAAGGAGGGAACAGACAGGCUAUCUCCGCCUCCUUCCUCCUCUGCCCUCCCCACCCCGACAGCCCCUACUUUGUGCGUCGGCCUGUGGAGCAGAAACCACAGAUACUUCCUCAAAGCAGCAGCCUAAGCACAGAGCCCACUCACCCUGUGGUCCACCACCCCCAGAAGCUAUGGGAAGCAAUCAGGACUUCCGAAAUCUCCAAGCUAAGUUCCAGGCCUCUCAACAAGAGCCCGGGGAACCGUACAGAAAAACCCUAAAACCUGAGUUCAACCAAAUCCUGAAGAAGUUUCCACAGACUGAAUUAAGUGAGCAGCCCAAGAAGGCCUCACAAUCUGAGCUCAGUACAGUGUCCUUAAAACCCCUGCAGCUACGGUUUGCAGACCUCCCCAAGAAGACUUCGCAGUCAGAGGUUCUCAGAAAGUUGUCGCAGCCUGAGUUCACUGAUCUACUCAAGAAGCCCCUACAAUCCGAGCUCAAAGAUCUUCCAAGGAAGCCUCUACAUCCAGAGUUCACUGGUCUCAAGAAGCCCUCAGAGGCUGAGUUCACAGAUUCCAAGAAGCCCCCAAAGCCCCAGUUUGCCAGCCUCCCCAAGCCCGCACAGCCUGAGUUCACUAAUCUCCCCAAGAAGCUUCCCAAACCCGAGUUUGGCGAGCUCACCAAUAAGUCUCCACAGCUUGAGGUGCUCCAGGAGCCUAGUGUACCUGCCCAGAAGCCCCUGAAACCUGAGCUCAGCAAUCCUGCCAGGCCCCCAGUAGAGCUCAAACCUAUUACAUUCCCCAAGAAGUUCUGGCAGCCUGAGUCCAGUGAGGCCCCUCUGAAGCCCUUGCCAUCCGAGUCCAGUACUUUUCCCAAGAAGCCACUGCAGCCUCAGGCUGCUGGUUUCUCUAGGAAGUCCCUGACACAGCCAGAGUCCAGCCAAGUUCCUCAGACAUCCCUCUCCAAGCCUGGGACCAGUGAAUUUCACCCCCACUCCCCACAGUCUGACAUCAGUACCUUUCCUAAGAUGUCUCUGCAGUCUGAGUUUAAUGAGAACUUCAAGAAGCCUCCACAUCCUCAGGCCGUUGGUUGCCCAAAGUCUCCACAGCAGCCCAUGUCCUAUGAGGUCCCCCAGACACCCCCCUGGAAGCCUGAGUCAUGCAAUCUCCCAUCUUACUGCCCGCAGUCAGACUUCCAUGCAUUUUCCAAAAAGCAUCCACAGCUCCAGCUAAGUGACCUUACUAGGACAUCCUCAGAGCCCGAAGUCCGAAAAGUUCCUAAGAAGCCUCAGCACCCAGACCUCAAAGUGCUUCCUAAGAAGCCCUCACAGCUGGAACUGGGUCAUCUCCCUAGAACAUCCUCAGAGCCUGAGUUCAGCUCACUCCCCAGGAAGUUUCUGAAGCCUCAACACGGCAAGUUCUUCCAGCCUGACUUUCCCAAGGGUCUGCCCAGAAAGCCCAAACUUCCUGGUUCAGUAUCAGAGUGCUCUCUGCCCUCUGCCUUUGCGGGCUCCAGCCCCCAGUUCCCCCUCAGCCCUGGGUAUGGAGACCCUGGGACACCCCGCUGGAGAUCAGAAGACUUGCAAGUCCGGCAACUGCCCCGGCGGCGGCCUCUGCCCUCAGCCAGCAGCCUGGGAUCCCCUCCAGCCAAGCCCCCGUUACCGCCUGUUCCCAUCAAUAUCCAAAGCUUCCGGAGAGGCUCAGCAACAGCCAUAGCUGUACUGAAGACCGGCUCUUCUGUGACCCACUUCCCAGCCCAAAAACCUCAACAUAUCUCGCAGAACCCGGACGAGAUCUAUGAACUGUAUGAUGCUGUGGAGGCCACAGGUGACUCUAGUCUCAGCCCCAGAGGCAGAGAUGAAGUGCAGUCUACUCAGCAAACCACCAGAUGGCCUCAGCAGGACACAGAGUUCAGGAAGAAUGCCACUCAGCCACACCAGCUGCCACCCACAGACCCCAAGUUGCUGAAACAGAUCAGGAAGGCAGAGAAAGCUGAAAGAGAGUUUAGAAAGAAGUUCAAGUUUGAAGGUGAGAUCGUGAUUCACACAAAGAUGAUGAUUGAUCCCAAUGCCAAGACCCGGCGUGGGGGUGGCAAGCACCUGGGCAUCCGGCGUGGAGAAAUCCUGGAGGUGAUCGAGUUUACUAACAAGGAUGAGAUGCUGUGCCGGGACCCCAAGGGCAAGUAUGGCUAUGUACCCAGGACUGCACUGUUGCCCUUGGAAACAGAAGUAUAUGAUGACGUCAGCUUCUGGGACCCUCUGGACACCCAACCGUUUCCUCAGGGACAGUAAGGAAGACAGACAAGUGGGUUCCAGGACCACCAACCCAGUCACUGCUUACUCAGGAGCCCUGGAUCCCAGCCUGGCAAACAAGUCCAAGUGUACAUGCCCACAUAAAACCUGUCUUUAAAACA